AUGAAACGGUUGUGCACCGCUGUAUUGGCCCACAGAAUCGUCUUUCCCGGUAGAAUCUGCUUAGGAUUACCGCAACUUCGACGUUCUUCUACAUUGCGACCAGAACUAAAUUUCGAUUUUUUGCUCGACGAUGCUAAUUUUGAAGCGAUCAAACAGAACAUCACUGAAAGAAAGGGAGUGGGCGAUAUCAACAAAAUUAGAACCAAGUGGAAAGAACUUCAUUCAAUUAUGGCCACGAAAGAGAAACCUUCCAUCAGCGAGGAUGAGCUGAAGAGGAUGUGGGAUGAAUUAUACGAGGAGGCUCUUAAAAUCCCAAACAUGUCACAUCCGAGCGCACCGAAAGGUGGGGAAGAAAAUGCCAAGAUCAUUACGUCUUGGGGCAAGAAGCGCUCAGGAACCUGUCUUACAGCUGAGAAAUUAGUUCAAUCCUGGCGGACACUUUUCUACCCUACAGACGUGUCUGGUGAAAGAAGUUACGCUUUUGUAGGUGCUCUGGCGAACCUCGAGCGAGUAGUUCUCGACUACGUAUUUGAUCGAGUUUGUGUAUUGGGUUUUAAACCAGUGUCAGUACCAGAUCUUGUAUCAAAGGAAGUAACCGAAGCAUGUGGAGUGUCCCAGCGGACCCAAAAAGACAUACAGUAUUCGUUACAAGAUGAACCAGACGUAGCUCUUUCCGGUACGGCGGAGAUGGGUAUCUCAGCCCUUUUGAGAGAGAAAACGUUCGAUGAGGAACAACUUCCUCUACGAAUUGUGGCAAUGAGCAGGUGCUUCCGACCUGAAAUAAGCAACUUGGCCACUGAGGCAAAACUUUACAGAGUCCAUGAAUUCACAAAGGUUGAAAUGUAUGUAAUGUGCACCCCAGAGCAGAGCGAAGCAGAACACGACUAUCUUGUACAAAUACAAAAGGGGACAUUUGAGUCCUUUGGUCUUCACUGCAGGCAGGUGGAAAUGCCUACCGAAGAGUUAGGAGCUCCGGCUGCACGCAAAAUUGACAUAGAAGCAUGGAUGCCCGGUCGACAAAUUUAUGGAGAGGUUUCAUCCGCAAGCAACUGUACAGAUUAUCAGGCACGAAGACUAGGUAUCCGCUACAAAACUAAAUCUGGUGAAAAGCAAUUUGUUCAUACUUGCAACGGUACUGCUGUCGCUUCGACAAGAACUUUAAUAAGUAUAUUGGAGACGUUCCAAAAGGAACGCAAGGGCCUUGAAGAUUUACCAGAAGUAGUCAGAAAACGGUUAAAAACACAGCGACCGCCGCCAAUUAGGUUCCAACAAGCGAAACCAUUGUCAUAG